AUGCCGACCGCCCUGGGCGCGCCCUCCCUCCCCAACACCUCCUGGGCGGCCGCCCUGGACGUCGCCCAUGGCGGGAUCACCGGCCCGCGCCUGCUCCGCGUCGCCGGCUACCAGUGCGCCUACAUCUUCGCAUCUGGCCUCCUGUGGACCCUACCCUCCUUCCGCUGGGCAGGAUCCACUGCCGCGGCGUCCUUGGGAUGGUGGAUGGGCGUGGAGGCCAGCCACCUGGCCGCGCUCGCCGUGACUGUAUUCGGAUGCUCGACGCUGGAGCCGUUGGGGGGGCUGGACCCGCCGAGGGCGCUAGCCAGGCUGCCAGUGGGGGCCCUGCGGGCGGGGGCCAGGAUGUCGCUGAGGGCGGGGGGCGUGGAGGACGUCGCGAAGGUGCUGAUGCUGUACAUCGCCUUUGCGGCGGCGGGCGCACUGUGCUUCUGUCCGUUGCUUGGGGCGGAACACUCAGGAUCUGGAGCUGUUAUUGGCGGGCUGUACUGUGCAUGGUGGCUUUGCAGCGGUCAAGAUGAGAUCAAUUAUCCUCCUGUGCAUCGACGGUGGUGGUUUCAGCUAAAGCACUCUCUACCAAACACUGCGCAGGUGUCCAUUUUGCUGGCUCUUGCCUCCCUUUUCUGCCACGUUCUGCAGCAGCACGAUUUCAACUCAGUUGGCAUCCUGAUGUGGUCAUCUUUCUGUGUGUGGUGCUGGUGCGGCAUGAACACGCUGCUGCAUUCCGUCCUGUCCGAGCGUCACAGAUUCGACCUCACCGAGAGAGUAGCUGGACACGAUGCUGCCAACUGUGAACUCAUCCAACUGCUGAAGAGGCCGCCCAAUAAGAUAGUGCAGGGCCUUGUUUAUGAAGAUCUCUGCCGAAUCUCAGAAGAGCAUGGUGUCUACCCACUCCGAAGGGAGCUCAUUUUUGGAAGCGAACAAGGGGCCGACAUAUGGACAGCCAUCACUAAAUUGUGCCUCCUCCAUCUACAGCAGAUAAUGGUGCAAUUGAUGGAGUGCCUGCCGCCCAAACCGGGAGACAAGACUGCAGUCACACGAGGCCCUGCAGCUGCACGUCGAAUUGUGAGGAAUACAACAUUGCACUGGGCAGUAGGGACGAUCAGGGGCAGCUAUCACCAGACGACCUCCUGCAUUCGCGCUCUGGGUGGCUUGGUGGUGGCAUCUUUCUCUGAGGACCACUAUGGGCACGUCCAGCUUGGGGACCCUGGCCUUCAGGACAUUGUGGUGGCUUUGCUGGAUUUCAUGAGCCUGACGAUUGCCCUUACAGACCAUGCUGUAGCACUCUCCGCACCUGCAAGGCGCAGAAGAGCUCUGUCGCCAUUUGCAGACGGCAUGGAGCACAUCGAUUGUGGAUUGGAUGCACUGGCAGACACGCUGCGAUCGACCCUGCAUGCUGUCAUAUGCCGCUUCGACGUGAGGCUGCGACAGGCGCUGAAGGGACCCAAGUCCAAGGGACUGCAUUUGAAAUCACAGAGCGAUGUUUUGGGCUUCCUCGACAAGAUGCUAAAGGGCGAGCUAUAG